UUCGCCAAUCCAUGUUAAAGACAGUGGCGUCUUGUAGCAAAAAGUUUGUGAACUGUGAAAAUUGCUUAACCUAAAAAUUGGGCAUUUUUGACGUCUUCAAAUGGAGAGAAACUUGAAAGAUUGCAAAAGAAGUUUUCGAAGCUUUUUUAAAAAAUAAUCUGUUGGAAACUAUCGUGAAGAUAUUAAAAAAUAUAUACACUUGUCUACAUGGCUACACCGGUAUUAACAAAGAAGCAACAAAGACAGAGUUUGUCUGCCAAAAAAGGACCUGUCAAAGGUUUACGAAAUCUCUUGGCACAACCUUGUGAAAACUACUGGCCUAUUGUAAACAUUGAUCAAUACCCAGCACUAGUAACUCUCAUGAAUGAAUUAUUACCCUUGAUAAGACGACCAAAUUUUAAAAUUCCUGGAUCAAUGUUAAGGUAUACCUCAAAAGAAAAACGUAUAUUAGCUAAAAAAGAGAUAUUAGAGAAAGAAAUCAAACCUGAUAACAAUUUACUAAAGUCUGUAAUUUUGGGCAUCAAUAUAGUUACACGUGCUUUAGAGAAAAACAACAUAUGUUGCAUUUUAUUAGAUGCCAAUGUUGAACCACCUCUCUUAGUAAAACACAUUGUUGUUAUGGCACAGAACAAAAAAGUGCCUAUUCUUUUGUUACCUGUCCUGAAAACAGUCUCAUUACAAACAAUUGGAUUUGCUACAGCAGCUCUUGCUUUGAAGUAUGAUGUAAUGCAAUCUUCAGACAACGCAUUUCAUGCAUUAUACAAACUAGUGGUGGAAGUUUUUAAGGAUUUCAAACCUCCAAAAUGUUCAUUGCAACUUUUUAAACCUGAUAAAACAUGCGAAGAAAGUACAAUGCAUAAGACCAAGACCAUAAACAUGAAUUGUGAUUCAAAUUCAAAUAUUUCACAAUCACAAAGGUCUGUUAUUAUAUCUAAAGAUAUAUAUAGAUAUAGAUCUUCACGAAAGGAGAGAGCUUUUGUACCUCCAAUUGUAAAUAAAAAUUUCCAACUCUCGCAAGCAAUGUCGGAUGAACUUACAGUUUAUAAUAAUGAUUUUGAUUAUGUUAAUAAUACUGAUUUUAUAAGUAUAUUGGAGGAUAACAAACAUACAAAUAUUUUCAAGGAAAAAGAAAGUCAAUCUAAAAAUACAGAAGCAGAUAAAGCCAAGUCGCCACAUAAUGAAUCUAAAUUAAUUACUAAUAACACAGAUUUAUCAAAUCAUAAAAAAGAUCACGUUUCUAGAAAACGCAAAAAUAAUGUUACUUAUUUAUCAUUAAAAGUAAAAUGUAUACAAGGAAGUAGCAAUAGAAUAAAGGCAACUAAAAUUGUUAAGAAGAGAAAGAAGUAAUAUUUUAAUAUAUUAUGUAGGCUUCUAGAAUAAUAUGAAAGAAAAAUAAAUUGAGUUAUGUAAAUAAUGUAUACAGUUAAGUAAAAAAUACAUAAAUAUGAAACA